AUGUUGCGUGUGUUUCUCUCCCUCGUAGGUGUGGUGUCAGCACAGCGGCAGGUCACCAUUCAGGAAGGACCCUUGUACCGCACGGAGGGCUCCCACAUCACUAUCUGGUGCAAUGUGAGUGGUUACCAGGGACCUUCUGAGCAGAAUUUCCAGUGGUCCAUUUACCUGCCUUCGUCGCCAGAGCGAGAGGUGCAGAUCGUCAGCACCAUGGACUCUUCCUUCCCCUAUGCCAUCUACACCCAGCGCAUCCGCGAAGGGAAGAUCUUCAUAGAAAGAGUCCAGGGGAACCCAACCCUAUUGCACAUCACAGAUCUUCAGGCCCGGGAUGCCGGAGAAUAUGAAUGCCACACACCCAGCACCAAUAAGCAACACUUUGGGAUUUACAGUGCAAAGAUGAACCUAGUGGUGAUCCCAGACUCCCUGCGGACCACUGCCAUGCCUCAGACUCUGCACAGAGUGGAGCAGGACCCACUGGAGCUCACUUGUGAGGUGGCCCCGGAGACCGUUCAGCACAGCCACCUGUCUGUGGCCUGGCUCUGGCAGAAAGUUGGCGAGAAGCCCGUGGAGGUCAUCUCCCUGAGCCGAGAUUUCAUGCUUCACUCUGGCAGCGAAUAUGCCCAGAGGCAGAGCCUGGGGGAGGUGCUGCUGGACAAGCUGGGGAGGACCACCUUCCGCCUCACCAUCUUCCACCUGCAGCCUUCUGACCAGGGUGAGUUCUACUGCGAGGCCGCCGAGUGGAUCCAGGAUCCGGAUGGGUCAUGGUAUGCUAUGACCCGAAAGCGUUCCGAGGGAGCCGUGGUCAACGUCCAGCCAACUGACAAAGAAUUCACUGUUUGGCUAGAAACAGAGAAGUGGCUGCACACGGUGGGUGAGCCGGUGGAGUUCAGAUGCAUCCUGGAGGCUCAGAAUGUUCCCGACCGUUACUUUGCUGUCUCCUGGGCCUUCAACAGCUCGCUCAUCACCACCAUAGGCCCUAACGCUGUGCCUGUCCUCAACAGCGAAUUUGCUCACCGGGAAGCCAGGGGACAGCUUAACGUGGCCAAAGAGAGCGACAGUGUCUUUGUGCUGAAGAUCUACCACCUCCGCCAGGAAGAUAGAGGGAAAUACAACUGCCGGGUGACUGAGCGAGAGAAAACCGUGACGGGGGAAUUCAUUGAUAAGGAGAGCAAGCGUCCCAAGAACAUCCCCAUCAUAGUCCUCCCCCUUGCAGAUAACUGGGUAGUUAAAGUCCCCCAGCACCACCAGAUCCUGUCCCAAGGCCACUUGGAGAGCAGCAUCUCCGUGGAGGUGGCCAGCAAUGCCAGCGUCAUCCUUGAGGGCAAGGACCUGCGCUUCUCCUGCAGCGUCCGCAUGGCAGGCAGGCUGCAGGGUCGCUUCUCUGUCAUCUGGCAGCUUGUGGACAGGCAGAACCGCCGCAGCAAUAUCAUGUGGCUAGACCGGCAUGGCACCGUGCAGCCAGGCUUGUCCUACUGGGAGCGCAGCAGCUUUGGGAGCGUCCAGAUGGAGCAGGUGCAGCCCAACUCAUUCAGCCUGGGCAUCUUCAACAGCAGGAAGGAGGACGAGGGCCAGUAUGAAUGCCAUGUGACUGAAUGGGUGCGGGUGGUGGAUGGCGAGUGGCAGAUUGUUGGGGAGUGCCGGGCCAGCACUCCCAUCUCCAUCAUAGCUCUUGAAAUGGGCUUCGCAGUCACAGCCAUCUCCCGGACACCGGGGGUGACCUACAGCGACUCCUUUGACUUGCUGUGUAUCAUCAAACCCCACUACCCUGCCCAGGUCCCCGUGUCAGUGACAUGGCGGUUCCAGCCGGUGGGCACGGUGGAGUUCCAUGACUUGGUGACCUUCACCCGGGAUGGAGGGGUCCAGUGGGGGGACAGGUCCUCCAGCUUCCGAACCCGAACUGCCACCGAGAAGGCUGAGUCCAGCAAGAACGUCCGCCUAAGCAUCAGCCGAGCCAGUGACAUGGAAGCAGGCAAGUACCAGUGUGUGGCAGAGCUGUGGCGGAAGAACUACAACAACACCUGGACACAACUGGCGGAGAGGACCUCUAGCCUGCUGGUGAUCAGGCUGCUGCAGCCAGAUUUGGAACAAGUGAGUUGUAUAAAUGAUGAGACUCUUCCCUUGACCAACGAGAGCCUAAACUUUGACUGA